UUUAUUAGAAAAUUAAUGUCUACAUGAGCUAAUUUAGGUUUACAAGAUAGAGCUUCUCCUUUAAUAGAACAAUUAAUUUUUUUUCACGAUCAUGCAUUAUUAAUUUUAGUAAUAAUUACAAUUUUAGUAGGAUAUUUAAUAUUUACACUAUUUUUUAAUAACUAUGUAAAUCGAUUUCUUUUACAUGGACAACUUAUUGAAAUAAUUUGAACAAUUUUACCAGCUAUUAUUUUAUUAUUUAUUGCUUUACCUUCUUUACGAUUAUUAUAUUUAUUAGAUGAAAUUAAUGAACCAUCAGUAACUUUAAAAAGAAUUGGUCAUCAAUGAUAUUGAAGUUAUGAAUAUUCAGAUUUUAAUAAUAUUGAAUUUGACUCUUAUAUAAUCCCUACAAAUGAAUUAUCAACAGAUGGAUUUCGACUUUUAGAUGUUGAUAAUCGAAUUGUAUUACCUAUAAACUCUCAAAUUCGAAUUUUAGUAACAGCUGCUGAUGUUAUUCAUUCAUGAACAAUUCCUGCUUUAGGUGUUAAAGUAGAUGGAACUCCUGGUCGUUUAAAUCAAACAAAUUUUUUUAUUAAUCGUCCAGGAUUAUUUUUCGGACAAUGUUCAGAAAUUUGUGGAGCUAAUCAUAGUUUUAUACCAAUUGUAAUUGAAAGAGUUCCUGUAAAUUAUUUUAUUAAAUGAAUUUCUAGAAAUAAUUCUUCAUUAGAUGACUGAAAGCAAGUACUGGUCUCUUAAACCACACUAUAGUAAAUUAGCACUUACUUCUAAUGAAAAAAAAAAUUAGUUAAACUUAUAACAUUAGUAUGUCAAACUAAAAUUAUUAAAAUAUUAAUAUUUUUUAAUUCCACAAAUAGCCCCUAUUAGAUGAUUAUUAUUAUUUAUUAUUUUUUCUAUUACAUUUAUUUUAUUCUGCUCAAUUAAUUAUUAUUCUUAUAUACCUUCUUCACCUAAAUCUAAUGAAUUAAAAAAUAUUAAUUUAAAUUCAAUAAAUUGAAAAUGAUAACAAAUUUAUUUUCUGUUUUUGACCCUUCAGCAAUUUUCAAUUUAUCAUUAAAUUGAUUAAGAACAUUUUUAGGACUUUUAAUAAUUCCAUCAAUUUAUUGAUUAAUGCCUUCUCGUUAUAAUAUUUUUUGAAAUUCUAUUUUAUUAACUCUUCAUAAAGAAUUCAAAACUUUAUUAGGUCCUUCAGGACAUAAUGGAUCUACUUUUAUUUUUAUUUCAUUAUUUUCAUUAAUUUUAUUUAAUAAUUUUAUAGGAUUAUUUCCAUAUUUUUUACAAGAACAAGUCACUUAACUUUAACAUUAUCAUUAGCAUUACCACUAUGAUUAUGUUUCAUAUUAUAUGGAUGAAUCAAUCAUACACAACAUAUAUUCGCUCACUUAGUACCUCAAGGAACACCUGCUGUUUUAAUACCUUUUAUAGUAUGUAUUGAAACAAUUAGAAAUAUUAUUCGACCAGGAACUUUAGCUGUUCGAUUAACAGCUAAUAUAAUUGCAGGACAUUUAUUAUUGACACUAUUAGGUAAUACAGGACCAUCAAUAUCAUAUAUAUUAGUAACAUUUUUAUUGGUUGGACAAAUUGCUUUAUUAGUUCUUGAAUCUGCUGUAGAUAUAAUUCAAUCUUAUGUAUUUGCAGUAUUAAGAACAUUAUAUUCUAGAGAAGUAAAUUAAUGUCUACACACUCAAAUCACCCUUUCCAUUUAGUUGAUUAUAGACCAUGACCUCUAACAGGAGCAAUUGGAGCUAUAACAACUGUAUCAGGUAUAGUAAAAUGAUUUCAUCAAUAUGAUAUCUCAUUAUUUUUUUUAGGUAAUAUUAUUACAAUUUUAACUGUAUAUCAAUGAUGACGAGACGUGUCUCGAGAAGGAACAUAUCAAGGAUUGCAUACCUAUGCAGUAACUAUUGGAUUACGUUGAGGAAUAAUUUUAUUUAUUUUAUCAGAAGUAUUAUUUUUUGUAAGAUUUUUUUGAGCAUUUUUUCAUAGAAGUCUUUCCCCAGCUAUUGAAUUAGGUGCUUCAUGACCUCCAAUAGGAAUUAUUUCUUUUAAUCCAUUUCAAAUUCCUCUAUUAAAUACUGCUAUUUUAUUAGCUUCUGGAGUUACAGUAACAUGAGCUCAUCAUAGAUUAAUAGAAAAUAAUCAUUCUCAAACUACUCAAGGUUUAUUUUUUACUGUUAUUUUAGGAAUUUAUUUUACUAUUCUACAAGCUUAUGAAUAUAUUGAAGCCCCAUUUACUAUUGCAGAUUCUGUUUAUGGUUCUACUUUUUUUAUAGCUACAGGAUUUCAUGGAAUUCAUGUAUUAAUUGGAACAACUUUUUUAUUAGUUUGUUUACUACGACAUUUAAAUAAUCAUUUUUCAAAAAAUCAUCAUUUUGGAUUUGAAGCAGCUGCAUGAUAUUGACACUUUGUAGAUGUAGUUUGAUUAUUUUUAUAUAUUACAAUCUACUGAUGAGGUGGAUAAUUAAUUACUAAUUAAUA